AUGGGCAAGCCUGGAAUUGAGCUUAUCCUUGAUGGAGAGCAUCGCACCCCAGGGCAUCUCGUGGCCAUGCUGGACCACUCAGUGGAAGUGUGGGACCUCGAGACGCGCGAGGUAAUCGGGACACAGGCCAUCGAUGAAAAAAUCACCGCCUUUCACCUCUAUCCCGAGUCCAAGUACCUCCUUGUCGGCACAGAGGAGGGCAGCGUACGCGUGAUCGACAUCGAGGGGUUCCAUCUUUCGACCUACAAGAUCGCUUCGAAGAAGGUCAGGAAAGACAAGACGUGGAUGCGCAAACGCGUGUCAGACGUGAGCACCAAGAACAGGUCGCCCGUGAAGUGGCUCGCUGUGGCGCCCGAUUCGGACGGCAGUGUCCUCAUUGCCUACGCCGAUGGCCUGAUUUCGCUCUGGAACCUGAAGCAGCAGAAGGUCGCCAGACACUACGAGCUCCACUCGCAGCCUCUAGAAGCCUGCGCUUGGCACCCGGAGGGCAAGUUCUUCAUCACCGGCUAUGAGGACGGGGAGCUUUGCCUGUGGAAGGCCAAGGCCAAGAAGCCGUUGGAGCGAUUCUAUGUGUCGAGCUCCAAAGCGAAACGCACGCCCAUCAAGCGAAUUGGUAGGGACCUCUCCUUCCCUGGUCCCCUGUUUCAAUCUCGCGAAGAUGAGUGGCUCACGGGCAUGGGCCCGCCGAACCCCUACCGCAUGGCUCACAUCCCAUGCCCCGAAGGCGACGUGGAGCAGUUUGUUGUCCACUACUCCUCACCCUGGGAAGGAGGCGACCCGGUGUCGCUCUUGAUGCUCACGGAAUCGGGCCACUUUCAGUCGAACGUGCUGAGCCGAUCGCUCGGAUUUCCGAUGGUGACGCUACCACCCUCGCUGAUCUUCCAAGACUCGCGCAUUGCGGCCGCGCAGCUCUACCCUGACGCCAGCAAGCUGCUCUUCCACGACCUCUUCGAGUCCGGCAACAUACGAUUCGACCCCUCGUAUUGGCUGGCCACGGGAGGUAAGUUUGCCGAGAAGCUCAUCACUGGCCGCGACCUGUUGGUCACAUGGUACGUGGACGCCUCGCGAUGGCCGCAUAGCGCACCCCCUAAAUAUUAUGGUGACGAUGGUGGUGGUGAUGAUGUGCGGACUAACCUGAGUAAAUGGGCGAUCGACGAUAGCCACGACUCGGGCAAGAUUCGGUUCUGGGACGCGUCGUCCGUGGCCCUUCGGUUGCUUCUCUCCUUCUAUGUCGGCGACGAUCAGAGUUCGGCCGAGGAGCGGCGCAAGGCAUCCACGAGCACCGCCAGCGGGGAAGUGCGCGCGACUCCGCAGUUCAUCACCGUAUUCCACUUCUGCCCUGUCUCGCGCAUCCUCGUCCUCGGUUGCCUGAGCGGCAGCAUCUUCUUCUACAAAUUCACGAGCAAGCCAUGCAAGUACGAGCGCCUUAUCUAUCGCCCGCCGCAGCCUCGGCGAGGGCCGCCUCCGCAGCAGCCAACCGACGCCGCUGCGGCCCGACCCAAAGGCUCUCCGCAGACUGCGCCCGCCGCCCAACCACCCACGUCGCCGGCCAAGGCUGCUGAAGAGCCGCCAGCUGGGCAUCCUAAGUCCCCGCCCGUUCCCGCCCAGCCCCCGGCACCUCUCCCACCGGUGGGAACCGAGGCGCAGCCCAAAGGGCCACCGGUGCCUGCGGUUCCCGUGGUGCCCACCCACUCGCAGACGGCUACGCCCACCAAGAAGGUCUCUGCCGAGGCGAUCGCCGCCAAGUCACCGCCUGGGUCACCGCAGGUCGCGCCUGCUGCGCCGCCGCCGGUAGCUGAAGCACCGAGCAAGCCGUCCACCUUCAAGGCCGGCACUGGGUUCUAUCUCGCGAUGGAGUGCCUCUUCGAUUCGGUGAUCAAGAGCGUGGCCUACCUCCCCAAGUACAACCUGCUGGCCAUCGGCGAUCAAAACGGGUUCCUCACCAUCGUCGAUACCCGAACCGCCUCGCGUGUGCUGGGCGCCGCAGUCGCGCAGCAACCCGAGCCCAUCACGAGCCUGACAUGGGCUGAAGCCGUGGGCGACGAGGCAGACGAAAUGGGCAACAUGCGGAAAGUCAAGGAGCUCCUCCUACUCGUCGGAAUUGAGGGCGGCUUUGUGACGGUGGUGACCUUCCGUGGGAGCCGAGUCUUCUUCAACCCGCGCCCGUUCGAGAAAAAGCAGCCCUCACCCAUCAACCACAUCGCGAUCGUCGACGCCCGUGGUAAGCCCUAUCGUAUUCGCGCACCCAAGUGGAAGGAAGUGGACGACGAGGAGGACAAGAAAAAGAGCAAGAAGGGCAAGAAGGGCGAAGAGCAGCACAAACCGCGGGAGGAGCACCCGGCCGGCGGCGCAGCUGCGCCGGAGGGGAAGCUCGAAGACGACUGGGUCGAGGUCGACGAGAGGAAGAAGCCGCGGGAAGAGGAGGGCGACGAACAGCCCGAGCAGGUCGAGCUGCGCGCCGACCGAAGCUGGAAGGGCGCACACGCCGACGCCAGCAGCCAGCUGGAGGAGGACUCGGACGACGAAGCGGAGGAGGAGGAUCCGAGCAAGAUGGGGAUGCGGUUCCUGCUGCUGUGUGCUGAGGAGAGCCUGUGCAUCUACACGGUGCCGGACUACGAUCAACUGGCCAGAGUCGAGACCAAGCACCCCAUCCUCUCUUCGCACAUCGUCUCCUUGAACGGGGAGUACUGUCUGGUGUGCUUCACGGGGAACAACGGCCUGACGGUCUACUCGCUGAUGGACCUCACGCCGCUCAUGGAGACCACCCUCGACCGAUUCUCGCUCAACACCAACGCCACCAUGCUUCGGAAUGCGAGCGUGCUGGUGGACGGGCGCAUGCUGCUCUCCUCCCUCUCCUCGGAGCUGCAUCGCCUCUCCCUAUUCGCGGGCGAGAACAGUUUGGACCUACCCCACUCGCUGCCGACGGUGCACAUCCGAGGCAUCGUGCUUCCCGAGCGGCCAAAGGGACUCCUCAAGUCGCUCUUUGGCACCUUCGACCUCUCCAUAUUUGCGGAGGUGGACAAGUCGGCACGUCGCAAGGAGCGCGAGAGGGAGGAGAGGGAGAGGGAACCGGAGCGCGAGAGGGCGCGAGACCACAGGGAGAGGGACGCCGGCGACCACGACGCUCGCCAGAAGCUGUUCGAGGGCCGCGACUCCAAAGCUCGCGAGAAGUACGAGCGGGGCGGCGAGGGCAACGAAAGGGUACGGGACGCUCGCAAGGGCGUCGCCGGCCUCAAGGAUCAGAUGAACCGAAACGCAGAGCUGCUGAACGAGCGAGGAGAGAAGCUGAGCGAGCUGGCGCAGAAGACGGCCGAGAUGGAGGAUAACUCGAGCGAGUUCUACGCCAACGCCAAGAAGCUCGCCGACAAGUACAAGAACAAGAAGUGGUACGAGUUCUGA